AGAAGUGCAAAACAAUAGACGAUCUACAUGGACCUAGUUUGGCCACGACGGUGUAUUGGCUGUUCGUGCGUGAAGGGAUAUGCAGAUAAGAGCCAUGCGAUGCAGGUUGAACACAAGAAACUGUACGGGCCCAUCUGGCGCUCGCGGUUCGGCCCGUUUGAUGUGGUGAACGUGGCGUCUCCAGAGCUUAUAUCCCAGGUGAUCCGUCAGGAGGGCCGCUACCCGGUCCGGACAGAGCUGCCACACUGGAAGGAGUACCGCGAUAUGAGGGGACAGGCCUAUGGACUCCAUGUGGAUAAAGGCCCACAGUGGUACCGUAUCCGUAGUGUCCUGAAUCCAAAGAUGCUGAAGCUAGCGGAGGUAUCUGCGUACGCGCCUGUCAUCCACCAGGUGGUAGGGGACCUGCUACAGCGUAUUGAGAGGCUCCGCCUCCGCAGUCAGGACCACACCACCGUACCAGACCUCGCCACAGAGCUCUACAAGUUUGGCUUUGAAGGGAUCUCUUCCAUCCUGUUUGAGACGCGGCUGGGUUGUCUGCAGGAGGAGAUCCCUAAGGACACGCUGAAGUUCAUCGCUGCAGCCAACGACAUGCUAACCCUGUCUGAGACCGUCCUCUUCCUCCCGCUCUGGACACGCAACGUCCUGCCCUUCUGGAAACGAUUUAUCCAAGCCUGGGACGACCUGGUGGCUGUAGCUCAGCAUCUCAUUGACCAUAAGUUGGCGCAGAUGGAUGCCCAGGUGCUGGCUGGGAAGCAGGUGGAGGGGAUGUAUCUCACCUACCUGCUGUCCUGUGAUAAACUGACCCUGGGAGAGGUGUACAUCAGCAUCACAGAGCUGUUGCUGGGCGGAGUGGACACGACGUCCAACACCUUGUCGUGGGCAUUGUACCAGUUGGCUCGCGACGCUGCGUCUCAGGACAGGCUGUACCGUGAGAUCAUGUCUGUGUGUCCGGGAAGACAGCAGCCCAGAUCAGAGGACCUGAGCAGGAUGCCCUACCUGAAGGCUGUCAUCAAGGAGACUCUGAGGAUGUACCCUGUAGUUCCAGGGAAUGGCCGUCUAACCGUAGACAAUGAAGUUGUUGUGGACAACUACUGGUUCCCAAAGAAGACCCAGUUCCAUCUGUGUCACUAUGCUGCCAGUCAUGACGAGGGGGAGUUUGUGGAUGCAGAGUGUUUCAGGCCUGAGCGUUGGCUGAGAGGGGAUCCAGAGUCGUUCCAACACCACCCCUACAGCUCUAUACCCUUCGGGGUGGGCGUGAGAGCCUGUGUGGGCAAGAGAGUGGCAGAGCUAGAGAUGUACUUUGCCCUCUCCAGGCUGAUGCAGCAUUAUGAGAUCCAGCCAGAGGAUGGGGCCCCGACCACAGAGCCCAAGACUAGAACACUGCUCAUCCCGUCCAAACCCAUCAACCUGCGCUUCCUACCCCGAGCCUGAGGAGGGUGCCAGGGAGUUAUAGAAAGGGAUUGACAGGAGGGUGUUGUGAUGUGGUAACCUCCAGUCCCCUAGAUCCCCUUAAACAUAGCCGCAGUAGUAGUUUGGGUGGGGGGAGGGGAUGCUGAAAAAUAACUUUUGUUCGUGCUAUAGACAGCUAUAUCGGUCUGCUAAUACAGGACUAGUAAAGGCCCAGUGCACUACUUUUGUGAAGAAAUUAUAUUUUCAAAAACAUCUUUUUUUAUUCUUUUUUUAAUGCAGAUUUGUCAUGGGGUGCUGCAGCACCCCUAUUUCCUGUGGCUAUGCCCUGAAAUCAAAUCUGAUUCAUACCAGGUUAUUCGGAGGUGUAUAACUGGGGCCUUUGCUCUGUUGACCUUUACUAUGAAGCUAAUACAUAUAGAUUAAUCUGCCCUGUAAUAAAUGCACAUUGGUGUUAAGGAGAAAUGUAUCACAGAGUGUGUGUGAAGGGCAUUCUAAUAUA